GAAAGAAAGGGGAGGGGAAUUGACAUUAAAGCAACACAACAAGGAAACUACACUGCAGAGACACAGACGCCUUCAUUUUAUGUUUUUGAAUAAUAGCUGGAGCUAGUGUGGCGAAGUGUAUCUGUGAAAUCUGCCGUGAGCUCACCCCGGUAGCCUUAAAGUGCCCCGAAAAGGAACAGCUUUUGACCGAGUUGGAUUUAAAGGCGCUCUCCGACGCUUUCAGAGAUAUGGGCUCAGAGCCACCCAGCUCUCCACAGGUGGUGGAGGAUGGAGGUGAGGAGGAUGAGGAGGAGCUGAGCGGAGGAGAGGAGGCAGAGCUGCGGUCCAGCUCUGGCCGUGGCUCCCUGCUGACCCGUAGAGGCAUUACCCUGCGAGUGCUGCUGAAGGAUGCCCUGGUGGAGCCGGGGGACGGGGUGCUGUCCAUACACUACCUGGGUAAGAAAUUUGUGGGGGACCUGUUGAACGAUGGGAAAAUCCGCUGGGUGGAGACGGGCCAGAUCUUUAAUUCUCCCAGUGCCUGGGCAACACACUGCAAGCGUCUGGUCAACCCGGCUAAGAAGUCUGGCUGUGGCUGGGCCUCGGUCCGCUACCGGGGACAGAAGCUGGUCCAGUACAAAACCACCUGGCUGCACAAGUACCAGCCCAGUGCUGACAUGAGCCUGGUUAGUGAAGAAGACGAUGAUGAGGAUGAAGAGGAAGGAAAGACAGCUGUGCAAGCCGAUGAGAAGAACAAGAACACCAAGCCUGGAUUGCACGACAUCAUGGUGUCACGGAGAACCGACAGAGAGAGGAUUCCUGUCAGAUACUGCACCCUGGGCACCAGGGAUGCUGCCAGAGACCAACACACACUAGUGGAGCUGUCUGCCUUCUCAGCCAUCAACAGAUUCCAGCCUUUCAAUGUAGCCGUGUCCAGUAAUGUGCUGCUGCUAAUGGACUUCCACUGUCACCUGACCACCAGUGAGGUGGUGGGCUAUCUCGGAGGACGAUGGGAUACCAACACACAGCUGCUGACAGUCUUAAGGGCCUUCCCUUGUCGAACCAGACUAGGAGACAGAGACUCUGCUUCUGCUGUUGAAGAGGAGAUCUGUCAGAACCUGUUCAUGCGUGGGCUGUCUUUGGUGGGCUGGUACCACAGUCAUCCCCGAGGUCCGGCUUUGCCGUCUCUGCAGGACAUCGACUCCCAGAUGGACCACCAGCUGAGGCUGCAGGGUUCAAGCAAUGGCUUCCAGCCCUGCUUGGGGAUCAUCUGUGGCCCAUAUUAUCAUGGCAAUCAAGGCGUGGCGUCGACAAUAACACCAUUCUGGGUAGUACCACCUCCUGAGCAACGGCCCAAUGACUAUGGCAUCCCAGUGGCAGUGGAGGUCACCUACGUACAGGACAACUUUCUCACCAGUGACGUCCUUAAUGAGAUGAUGCUGUUGGUUGACUACUACAGGACGGCUCCUGACCUGGUCCAGUUCAACCAGUAUUGGUGUCCCGAUACAACCAUGAUGGACAAGAUCAAGGGCUCUCUGAGUGGCCACGCCCCGAAAGACCAGGCCUACUCCCAAAUUUUGGAGCAUGUCUACAGUCAGCUAAGCAACAUGCACUGAGUGGAUCCUCUGCACGUAUGUGUGUGUAUGAGUGUGUGUGACUGUGUGCUCCAUUUCAAGUUGUUCCUUUUCGUACCUUUGUACAGAUCUGACAGGACUGGCAUUAUUAACAUACAGUGUGAAAACUGCUUGAGUAAUGUGAAGAUGCCUUUAAUACUCUAAUGACUGAGUGAUAUUUUACUUUGGUAAAACACUAUCAUGGUUUAUCACACGUUGCUGUGAAACAUUAUUUGCCCACUGAAGAGUGUAUUCACCACUGGUGGUUACCUUUUUGUCCCCUCCACUCAUGUGAACAUUAGAAAAGGGUAAAACACUGAGACAAAACACAACUGAUGUCCAAUAUUAAACUGCUCUCUGUCUGGAAACGUGACACUAAAUGUCUUACCAAAGUUAAAUAUUGUUUUAAGGACUCAGAGUAGAGUAGUUGUAUGGGUCAGCAAACUACGCUCGUGUAUGUGUGUGUGCAUGCACUGUGGCCUCUUACAUGUGGACCUAUGUGCCUGUCUGUGUCAGUGUCCCGUGGUGUGGGCAGAUAUUGCCACAUAUGUACCGUAUAAAACUGAAUGUCCUACAAUUGCCUUUAUGGAUUAAAACAAUGGUGCAGUGGUAGGGAAAACUUAAAAUGAUCAGAAUAUUUUCUUCAAUCAGCAUAAAAUUUAUGCCAACAUUUUCAUGGUUGAAAAUAUUUCACACACUGUACCGUUUUCCUUCCAUAAGGUCCUAGACAAAACAACUAGAAUAGGUUGAGCAGGAUGUUCCCUUUAUGGCCUUCUAUCGCUCUUUAUACAUUAGCAAAGUAUGCAGAGGUUUUCAGUGCCAGGCUUGACUCAAACUGUUAUCAUUACUUCCAUUACUUUUGAGAGUGUUUUGACUUCCUCCAGUCAGAUUACUGGGUUGCAAAUUGGGACAAGUAAUUUGAUUCCAUUGUGCCAAGCAAGUUCAGUUUUAUCUAGUAGCUUAUUGAACCAGGUAUGUGUGUGUGCUGUUGUGAAUGUGCCCAUCUACUGUCUCCCUGCCAGUUUUUGUGAGACACCAGUCCUCUUGGUUGGGACAGUAAUCUGCAUCCUCUUUACCUGUACUGUAUUUAUUAUUAAUGACUGUGGAUUGUGUGAUAUACAAGUAUGAAAACAAAGCAAUGCCUUAAGCCUGCUGACUGAUCAUGAACCACACAAACCAUUAAAAUAUACACACUGGAACUAUUUAAACAUGACUGUCUAUUCC